AUGUCCCACGCCGACCACACCCGUGAUCCAUGCCCAUGGGUUAUUCUGAACGAUUUCGGAGGUGCGUUCGCGAUGGGUGCGAUCGGCGGUGGCAUAUGGCAUGGUAUCAAGGGUGCUCGUAACUCCCCCAGGGGUGAUAGGCUUGUCGGUGCGAUUUCGACAAUCAAAGCCCGAGCACCAGUAACAGGUGGGAAUUUCGGUGUUUGGGGUGGAAUGUUCUCGACAUUCGACUGCGCGGUUAAGGGCUAUCGACAAAAGGAGGAUGCCUGGAACGCAAUCAUUUCUGGAUUUAUGACUGGUGGUUGCUUGGCCGUUCGCAGUGGCCCUCGAGCCGCCUUUGGCUCCGCAGUGGCGUGCGGUAUUCUACUGGGUGUCUUUGAGGGUGUUGGCGUGCUGCUGAACCGAAUGUUCAGUGACGUCAACCGACCGGUACUACCACCUUUGCCCGAAGCACCCGCGGCCGGUGCAUCUCCAUCAAUCGCAUAG